AUGGAUCAAAAAAUGAUGAUAAUGGUUCAAAACUCUUUUGCAUUAUGUUCAAAUAUAAUUCCUGAAACAAAUAAAUGUUUUGAAGACACUGAUAUGCAUUCAUGUCCACACAUGUUAAAUAUUAUUAACCUAGUAAACUGUAUUCAAAGCUGUAUUUAAAUAUUCAUACACACUCUUACAGCAAAAUUUUAAGUUCUUCUAUUUUGAAAGCUUCUGAAAGCAUAUUUCACGGAUAUUUAUGUGUCUAAAAUAUUAAAGUAUUUGGUUUACUGGAUAAAAUAAUUAAUGUAUUGUUAGUUGUUACCUAUGACUUUAGAUAAUCUGCUACUACUAGCUACAACUUUAAUUUAUAGUUAUUAAAUUUUAUUUUGUUAAUUAACAAUAGGUGGCUCGUUCUCAGCGGUUGAAUGAUUCUAAGGUUUUGCUUAAGGCACUUUCAAAAUAUUAUUCGAACAUGUAUAAAGAUGAAAAUGCUAAGCUUAACAGAGAAAAACUUUUUACUCUCAUCAAUCUAAAUUUCCCAUUCAUCGGAGCAAGUCCAGGUGAAAUAAUUUACUGUGAUUGUUGUGGUAAAGGAUGUUUAGAGGUUGAAUGCCAAUACGAUCUAACAUAUA